UGUGCAGGAGGAGGCAGGGAGGGUGUUCAGCAGUAAGGUCUCCACUGAGAGAGAGAGGCUGUCUACCCCGGGGGGGGGUUUCAUGGUUAGGGGGGGCUCCUCUGUCUCCCUCAGGAGCUGCGUCGUGAGGAGGUGUUUGUGACGUCUAAGCUGUGGAACACCAAGCACCACCCAGAGGACGUGGAGGCGGCCUGCAGGAGCAGCCUGGCCCAGCUCGGCCUCUCCUACCUGGACCUCUACCUGGUCCACUGGCCCAUGGCCUUCCAGCGGGGGGAGGAGCUGAUGCCGCGGCGGGCCGACGGUACCGUCUGCUACUCUGACACCCACUACCUGGAGACCUGGCGGGCCAUGGAGGCCCUGGUGGACCAGGGCCUGGUCCGGGCCAUCGGCCUCUCCAACUUCAGCGCCCGGCAGAUGGACGACGUCAUCGCCGCUGCCCGCCACCGACCGGCCGUGAACCAGGUGGAGUGCCAUCCGUAUUUAUCACAGGCCAGCCUGCUGUCUCACUGCCGGUCUGUGGGGGUCUGCAUGACGGCCUACAGCCCCCUGGGCAGCGGCGACCGGCCCUGGGCCUCAGCAGACGAGCCACGCCUGCUGGAUGACCCCAAACUGGGGGCUAUCGCAGAGAAGUACCAGAAGACCGCCGCCCAAGUGGUGCUCAGGUGGCAGGUCCAGAGGGGCGUGGUCUGCGUCCCCAAGAGCGUCACCCCGUCCAGAAUCCUGCAGAACCUGCAGGUGUGCGACUUCAGUCUGUCGGAGGAGGACAUGAGGCAGGUGGAGGCCCUGGACCGCGGCGAGCGCUACAUCGUCCCCACGGUAGAGCGGGACGGCCAGAGAGUGUGGAGGGACGCGGAGCACCCCCACUUCCCCUUCCACGACGCCUUCUGACACCCUGCGUCUGAAACAGGGCCGACACCCUGCGUCUGAAACAGGGCUGACACCCUGCGUCUGAAACAGGGCUGACACCCUGCGUCUGAAACGGGGCUGACACCCUGCGUCUGAAACAGGGCUCCACGCAAGCGCAUUGAUUUGACCCCAAAUUUAAAAAUAAAGUUCUUUGAACUGAA